GGUGGUUUGUUAGUAGAAUCCAUCAUGGCAGACGAAAACGGGUUUGAUGAUGUGAACGGAAAAGCGGAAGUGGAAGAACAUGCUUUAGAGAACGGAGAAACCGAUGAAGAUGAGAAAGAGUAUGAGGCCCUUGAUCUGGAGUUGGAUCAACUAAAUUCUUGUCUGGACAAGCUGGAAAACUGGAACGAUUCGCUUCAGUCUAGAAUGAAAGACAUGCUAGAGAAUAUGCAGAAAACAAGGGUUGAGAGACAACUGCAGUUUAACGGGAAUAGCAGUGAUACAGACACACAGAGACCUCAAGAUACCAAUUAGCUCAAUCGACUACUUUUAGGAAGGGAUUGUUAUCAUUGUUAGAAUUAUAAUUUGACUGUUUGAGAUUAGAAAUUGGAAAAGAUGGUUUCAAUUAAAAUAGCCUAGUAUGAAUGUUUAACAUGUUAUCACUUGAAAUAGAAUAUUUCCAUUAUUUUAUUUAAUAUACAACUUUAUUAUUUCAGCACUAUGAUCAAAAUGUUGUUCAUUGCUGACUUGGGAGCUAUUUAGAACAUGACAAAGUGAACUUUGCUUGUUGCCAGAUGCAAAAUGUAACAUUUUUAAGCCAGUUGAACUUAUAAUUUUAAUUUAGUUGAGAAUUUUAUAGCCAGUAAAUGAAUCAUUCAGUCUAUUUGGACCUAAUUACCUGUGGAUUUUUAUAGGUGGGAAUAUCAAGAAUAAAAUUUUGUUCUGUCCGAAAAA